UAUUCCUAGCAGAGCUGUUCGAUUCUCCUUUACUCAACGGGUGCCGCAACGGAAUUGUUAAGAUGCGGUCAGAAAACAGAAGGGUUCGCGCCUUUGUUGCGGUUGCGGCGCUGUUCAGUCUCACGAUCUACCUCUAUGGAGCUCCGCUCUCCUUACCCCUCCAGCAGGGCGCACUGAUUUCUCCAGUCUCAAAGUCGACCGAGAAAUUCGCAUAUGCAACAUUCCUACGUUCUUCAGAUUUGUCGGGCUCCGGUAACUUGACUGAUGAAGGAUCAUUGCAGAGUGUUCUUGAAGAUAUCAACUUUAAGUCGACGCGACUGUUAAACUACCAGAUCCGGCAUGCGGAUCGGACGAGGACAAGGCUAGAGGAUGUGCCGUUCUUAGUACUUGUCCAGUCCGAUGCCCCCCAGGCUCAAGUAGUCAAACUUGAGGCUGAGGGUGCAACUAUCGUAGUCGUGGAACCUAUCGAACUUCCGGCUGGACCUCACGAUGAGCUUCUGAGCGACUCGCCCUAUAGAGAGUUGCUGACCAAACUUCGAAUCUGGCAGCAAGUAGAUUAUGAUAAAAUCUUAUACUUGGAUUCGGAUGCCUUCCUACUACAGGACCUGGAUUCUAUCUUCUUAGAUUCAAGCCUAAGCACGAUGUCGAAGACCAGGACCACCAGCCAAACAGACUCUGCGGAGGUCAUGCCGCCCGAGACGUACUUAAUGGCCGCCUCUUCUGAUACCCGAGGCCGCCAAAGCGGGUGGAAAGAGCAGGAACAACAUGAUCAUCUCUGCGCAUGUUUUAUGCUCUUAUCGCCGUCGCUCGCGCUGUUCGACUACUACCUGUCCAUGCUUGCAACGCUAGAUGCUCCACUGGACUCUGCGCACCCCGAACAGGAUCUAUUGCGCCAUGUUCAUGAGCGACAUGGCUCUAUGCCAUGGAAAGAAAUAUCCGUGCAAUGGAGCACCGGUGACAGCGAGGACGACGGAAGUCGGUUCAAAGGUGCACAGAGCGUGCAUAUUGAAAGUACGACUGGAGAAAAUGCUGUCGAUGGUUCGUGGAAGACAUUGGUUGAAGAGAUGGAGAUUUUCUAUGUCAUCUAGAGGAAAGUGAUACAAUUAAUUAAUGAC